CACAGAGGGCUUUGUGGGGCAUGUCACCAAGUGAAGGCAUUCCCUGGUGCAGUCUGAGUCAGGGACGUGGGCUCCUGGCUCCCUGCCCUGCCCUCUCACUGGGUUGGCCAGCAUAGCGUGUGGGGGGCACAAGGCUGGACUCUCAGCAGGCUCUGAGGCUGAGGUGCCCCGAGUUUCCCUAGAAGGCCCCCGUAUGCCCCACCAGCACAGUGUGCAUCACCCUCUUAGGCACCAGAACUAGUGUCAAACCUGCCAUGGACUACCUGAUCCAGCUUCUCCAGUUGACCUCAUCUAUCUCAGCAGGCCUGGCCUCGUGGGGUGUCUCCAGUCCCCAGGAUGUGAAGGGUGUGAAGGGGUCCUGCCUCGUCAUCCCCUGUGUCUUCAGCUUCCCAGCUGAUGUGGAAGUGCCCCAUGGCAUCACAGCCAUCUGGUACUAUGACUACUCGGACAAGAGGCAGGUGGUGAGCCACUCGGAGAACCCCGAGCUGGUGGAGGCACACUUUCGUGGCCGCGCCCAGCUCUUAGGGCGCACUGAACACAGGAUAUGCAGCCUGAUGCUGAAGGACCUGCAGCCUGAGGAUUCGGGCUCCUACAACUUCCGUUUUGAGAUCAGUGAUGGCAACCGCUGGUCAGAUGUCAAAGGCACUGUGGUCACCGUGACAGAGAAGCCCGAGGAGCCCACGAUCGCUUGGCCAGCGGAGCUUCGUGAAGGCAUGGAGGCCAACUUCAACUGCUCCACUCCCUACGUGUGCCCGGAGGAGCAGAUCAGCCUGCAGUGGCUAGGCCAGGACCCCGUGCGCUCCAUCACUUCCAACCACCAGAAGCUCGAGCCCACGGGCAUCAGCCACUUGGGGACCCUCCAUAUGCCCCUGUCCUGGCACGACCAUGGCCGGACCCUGCAAUGCCAACUCUCGGUAGCCAAGCACAAGAUUCAGGGCAAGAUUCACCUCCAAGUGCAGUAUGCCCCCAAGGGUGUGGAGAUCCUUCUUAGCCCCUCAGGGCGGAACAUCCUUCCAGGUGAUCUGGUCAUACUCACCUGCAAGGUGAACAGCAGCUACCCCGAGGUCAGUUCCACGCAGUGGGCCAAGGAUGGGACGCAGCUCAAAGUCCAGAGUCCUGUGCUGCAGUUGCCCCAGGUGGCCUGGGGUGAUGCCGGUGUCUACACCUGCCAAGCUGGGAAUGACGUGGGCUCCACGGUGUCGCCCCCCGUCAGCCUCCACGUCUUUACGGCUGAGGUCCAGAUGAGCCCAGCAGGCCCCGUCCUAGAGAACCAGACGGUGACACUGACCUGCAACACGCCCAAAGAAGCACCCAGCAAGCUGCGCUACAGCUGGUACAGGAACCACGUCUUGCUGGAGGACGCCCACAGCCACACCCUGCAGCUGCACUCGACCACCAGGGCCGAUACCAGCUUCUACUUCUGCGAGGUGCACAAUUCCUACGGCAGCCAGCGCUCUCGCCCCGUCAGCGUGGUGGUCAACCACCCGCCCCUUGUGCCGGACCUAACUGCCUUCUUGGAGACGCAGGAGGGGCUGGUGGGCCUCUUCCACUGCUCGGUGGUCAGCGAGCCCGUGGCCACCCUGGUGCUGUCACACAAUGGCCUCAUCCUGGCCUCCACCCCAGGGGAGGGGGACCACAGCUCGCGCUUCAGUGUCUUCUCCAACCCCAACUCCCUGAACCUGGAGAUCCGAGACUUGCAGCCAGGCGACAGUGGGAAAUACACGUGCUCAGCCACCAACUCCCUUGGGAAUUCAUCCUCCACCCUGGACUUCCAAGCCAAAGUGGCCCACCUCCUCAUCAGCCCCACAGCAGAAGUGGUAGAAGGGCAAGGAGUAACACUGAGCUGCAGGAGCGGUCUGAGCCCGACGCCUGACAUCCGCUUCUCCUGGUACCGGAAUGGAGCCCUGCUUUUCGAGGGGCCCAGCAGCAGCUUUCAUCUCCCUGCGGCCUCCAGCACCGACACCGGCUCUUACUACUGUCAGGCCAAGGAUGGCCACAGUGCCAGCGGCCCCUCUUCCUCCGCCAUCCUCACUGUGCUCUAUGCCCCACGCCAGCCCACACUCACUGCCCAGCUGGACCCUGACGCCGCAGGGGUUGGGGCUAGACGUCAAGGACUCCUCUUGUGCCGUGUGGACAGCAACCCCCCCGCCCAGCUGCGACUGCUCCACAGGGACCAUAUUGUGGCCUCUUCUUCCCUGCCAUUGGGCUGUGGGGGUUGUUCUCAGCACCUAAAGGUCACCAGAGCCCCAAACCUGCUGCGUGUGGAGAUUCGUGACCCAGUGUUGGAGGAUGAGGGUGUGUACCUGUGUGAGGCCAGCAAUGCACUGGGCAACACCUCUGCCUCUGCAACCUUUGAUGCCCAAGCCACUAUUCUGGUCAUCACACCGUCGCGCACGCUGCGAGAGGGCACCGUGGCCAACCUGACUUGCAGUGUGAACCGGGAGGCCAGCGGCCCUGCCAACUUCUCCUGGUUCCGGAAUGGGGCGUUGUGGGCCCAAGGCCCCCUGGAGACCGUGACGCUGCUGCCUGUGGCCAGAACAGAUGGUGCCCUCUAUGCCUGCCGCAUUCUUACCGAGGCUGGGGCCCAGCUCUCCACCCCGGUGGUCCUGAGUGUGCUCUAUCCUCCAGAACCUCCAAAGCUGUCAGCCCUCCUGGAUGUGGGCGAGGGCCAUGUAGCUGUGUUCAUUUGCACUGUGGACAGUCGCCCUGUGGCCCAGCUGGCCCUGUUCCAUGGGGAGCGCCUCCUGGCCACCAGCCUGGGGCCCCUGCUCCCACACCAUGGCCGCCUCCAGGUCAAAGCCACAGCCAACUCCCUGAAGCUAGAGGUCCGAGACUUGAACUUGGAGGACUCCGGAAGCUACCGAUGUGAGGCCACAAAUGCCCUUGGAUCCACCAAUAGCUCCCUCUUCUUUCAGGUCCAAGGAGCCUGGGUCCAGGUGUCACCGUCGCCCGAGCUCCGGGAGGGCCAGGCUGUGGUCUUGAGAUGCCAGGUGCCCACAGGGGUCCUGGAGGGGACCUCAUACCUCUGGUAUCGGGAUGGCCAGCCCCUCCCGGAGUCGAACUCGGCCACGCUCCACUUUGCAGCCAUUACUGUGAGUCAAGCUGGGGCCUACCAUUGCCAAGCCCAGUCUCCAGGCUCAGCCACCACGAGCCAGGCCGCCCCUGUCAUACUCCACGUGUCCUAUGCCCCUCGCCAGGCCACGCUCACCACCCUGAUGGACACAGGCCCUGGGCGACUGGGCCUCUUCCUGUGCCGUGUGAACAGUGACCCUCCAGCCCAGCUGCGACUGCUCCACGGGGACCACCUCGUGGCCUCUACCCUACAAGGUGUGGGGGAACUUGCAAGCAGCUCUCCGCGGCUGCAGGUGGCUGUGGCCCCCAACACCCUACGCCUGGAGAUCCACAAUGCGGCGCUGGAGGAUGAGGGCGUCUACACCUGCCAGGCCACCAACACCUUGGGCCAGACCUCAGCCUCUGCCAACUUCGAUGCCCAGGCUGUGAGUGUGCAGGUGUGGCCCAAGGCCAUCGUGCAGGAAGGGCAGCUGGUGAACCUGACCUGUCUUGUGUGGACCACCAACCAGACCCAGCUCACCUACAUAUGGUACCAGGAUGGGCAGAAGCGCCCAGGGGCCCACUCCAUCCUUCUGCCCAAUGUCACAGUCACGGAUGCUGCCUCCUACCGCUGUGGGGUGCUGACGCCUGACCGGGCACCCCGCCUCUCCAGACCUGUCAUUCUGGAUGUCCUCUACGCACCCCGCAGCCUGCGCCUGACCUACCUCCUCGAGGGCCGUGGUGGACGGCUGGCCCUGGUACUGUGCACUGUGGACAGCCACCCAGCCGCCCAGCUGGCCCUCAGGCACGCUGGCCGUCUCCUGGCCUCCUCGACCACAGCCUCUGUCCCCAACACCCUGCGUCUGGAGCUGUGGGAGCCCCGGCCCAGCGAUGAGGGUCUCUACAGUUGCUCUGCCCACAGUCCUCUGGGCCAGGCCAAUGCAUCCCUGGAACUGCGGCUAGAAGGUGUGCGGGUGACCCUGUCUCCAUCAGCUGCUGUGCCCGAGGGGGCCCCCGUCACGGUGACCUGUAAAGACCCUGCUGCCCACCCACCCACUCUCUAUGCCUGGUACCACAACAGCCGUUGGCUGCAGGAGGGCCCAGCUGCCUCUCUCUCGAUCCCAGCAGCUACACGGGCUCAUGCGGGUGCCUACACCUGCCAGGUCCAGGAUGCCCAGGGCACACGCAGCUCCCGGCCCACAGCCCUGCAAGUCCACUAUGCCCCUCGGGAUGUUGUCCUGUCGUCGUUUCGGGACUCGAGGGCGAGCCCCAUGACCGUGGUACAGUGCACCGUGGACAGCGAGCCACCUGCUGAGCUGGCCCUGUCCCGUGAUGGCAAAGUUCUGGCCACCAGCCAUGGGGUUGACGGGUUGGCAUCGGGGACAGGCCAUAUCCAGGUGGCCCGCAAUGCCCUGCGGCUGCAGGUGCAAGAGGUACCCUCAGGUGACAAGGACACCUAUGUGUGCACAGCCCACAACUUCCUGGGUUCAGUCAACACCACAGGGCAGCUGCAGGCAGAAGGUGCACGUGUGGUGGCCGAGCCAGGGCUGGACGUGCCUGAGGGUGCACCGCUGAACCUGAGCUGUCGCCUCCCUGGUGGUCCUGGGCCCACAGGCAACUCCACCUUCGCUUGGUUCUGGAAUGGCCAGCGACUGCACGUGGAGCCUGGACCCACCCUUGCCUUCACCCAUGUGGCCCGUGCCCAAGCUGGGGUGUACCUCUGCCGGGCCCAACACCCCAGUGGGACCACAACCUCUGCUCCAGUCAUGCUCCGGGUGCUAUACCCUCCCACGAUGCCCACCAUGACGGUCUUUGUGGAGCCAGAGGGGGGCAUCCAGGGCAUCUUGGACUGCCGAGUGGACAGCGAGCCCCUAGCCAGCCUGAGCCUCCACCUUGGCAGUAGGCUGGUGGCCUCCAGCCAGGCCUGGGGUGCUCCUGCAGAGCCACACAUCCGUGUCACGGCCACUGCCAAUGUCUUGAGGGUGGACGUGGAGGAGCUGAGGCCCAGCGACCAGGGGGAAUACGUGUGCUCUGCCUCCAAUGCCCUGGGCUCUGCGUCUGCCUCCACCUACUUUGGAACCAGAGCUCUGCACCGCCUGAGUCUGUUCCAGAAGCUACUCUGGGUCCUGGGGCUGCUGGUGGGCCUCCUCUUCCUGUUGUUGGGCCUGGGGGCCUUCUACGCCUGGAGGAGGCAUUUUCGUAAGGCGAGCGUGGGUGAGAAUUUGGUUGAGAUGGAUUCUCAGAAGGAGACAGCACAGGAGGAGGAGGUCACCAGAAUCUGCAAUGACUCAGGCUUCGUGAACAAGGUAGCACUGAGUCCUGCCUGCCUCUGUGAAAACAAUUCUGCAACAUCUGACUUUCUGUGACCUGGCUCCAAACCUCUUGCCAAGAAAAAUGGGCAAUGAUAGGUGAAGGGGCACCCUAAUCUACCCAAGAGGUGCUGACCCCCGACGACUCUGAGGAGAAACGGACCGGUCAUGUUGUCAACUUCUCUGUUCCUUUUCCCUGGAUCUCAUCUUUCCUUUUCUCUUCCAAUGGACUGCCCCUUACAUAUUUUCCCCCAAUCCCACUGUGGACUUUUGGGAUGGAUUAGAAAAGAAAUGAAUCUUUCUACAUCCUCACAGACUGGCCUAGGCACUCUGUAUUGGCUAGAAUAGAAGUUAGGCUGCUGUAAUAAGAGACCAAAUACAGUAACUUCAACAUGA